CAGUAAAAAGAGUCAAAAUCCCAAACGAGGUUGACCGUUGAUUUUCACAAAUGGAUGAAGCUGCAGAGAGCAGUCCACAUCAAGAUGAAACUCCAAAAGGGUCAUCAAUGGCUGCCAAGAUCAGUAAAAUUCUACGGUUAGUAUCGAUUUUCACGUACCUUAUAUCACUACCUUUGCUAGGGUCGAGCAUAUGGCUAUUGAUGAUGCACAACUACGAUUGUGAAGAUCUACUCAAUGUACCGAGACUACGAAUCACGAUCGCUAUUGGUAUGAUGGUACUUUUCCUACUCAGCAACCUUGUUGUAUUCUACGGUGUAAGAUUUACGUUGCCUGGAUUUGCGGCUGUGAUGGUGAUGACUACGAUCAUGCUCACCUUGGGGCUUGCAUUUGUGGGGACGUGUAAGGUUGAGAGCCGGGCCAUUCCUGGUUCGCCUUUGUGGCUGAAAAUGAAAGUGAUGGACGAUGAGCAUUGGAGACAAAUCAAGACCUGUAUUUUCAAUGGUCGUAUGUGCAGUGAACUAGGGUUUCGGAUGCAAGGGCUCUCGGCGUUUGAUUUUAACCUGAAAAAGCUCACCAGGUUAGAGUCCGGAUGCUGCAAGCCUCCCGACAUCUGCGGAAUGGAGUACGUGAACGCCACAUAUUGGAACUACCCAAGAACUUACAACGAUUACAUUCCUUUCUCUGGCACAUCAACACAUGCAUCUGGCGGCGAUUGCGAUGCGUGGAGCAACAUUCAGUCCAUACUAUGCUACGAUUGUCAUUCGUGCCGAGAAGGAUUUCUAACAACCAUCCAACGCAGAUGGAGGAGCCUCGGUGUCUUCCUCGUCCUGAUGAAUAUACUCAUCAUGGUGACACAACUCAUUCGUUUUAUCCUCACUAUGUUGGAUAAACCCAAAAUGUAAAAGCCCAAAAACCGCUGCUCGGCUGACAAAUGAAAGAAAGCGCUAAUCCGCUACUAGGUUUGCAUUUUUUUUUUUUCAUUUUUUAGAAUUUUUCUUUCUUAUUCUUGUUUAUUGUUAAUGUUAGCUGUGAAUAAGUAGUGAGAUUGUGAUGUUUUCUCAUUGAAAAUGUUGGAACUAUGUUUAGUCAAAAUGCAAUGGGGAUGAGCGUCCAAACAGUGAAUGCAUGAUUGAGAUGGGCUAUAGUUCUAAAACUUGCUUACUUGACCCAAAACUAGUCCGAAUCAACUCGACUCAAUGAGAUUUAGAGUUGAAUAGUUAGGAAAAAACCAACUUGCAGAAACUCGUAAUGAUUCACAGGCAAUCAAGAUGAGGAAGUGAGGGGACAAUGGAUCCUACCUUGGUUUAAAUUUUUACAGG